CCAACCCCUGGCUUCCCCACACUGCCGCGUGGCUGCGGAUCUUCCAGCCAUCUUACUCAUUUCAGAAUGCAGACUCCUGGUUUCACCAAGUAUACGGCCCCUGUGGUACUAGCAGACCUCAUCUAGCUGGCGCAUCGCUGUAACCGGUAUUCUGGGUUACUUUCUGGUUUUUAUCUAGUGUUUUUCACGGAGGUGUUUUUUUGCCCUGUCUCACCUAGCCACCAUCUUAGUUUCCCUGUAACCAGUAACUUUGGAAAUAGGUGCUGAUGCUUCUUCAGCAUACCUAUGUCAUGUAGUCAGGGAUGUGUCCAUGCCUAUGGUGGAUGAUAAAUGAAGACAAAUGUUUUUGUGAAUUACAUCAUCAUCAGUUUUCCUGAGAAACAAUUAUUACUUUCAUUAAAUAUGCAUGUUGAUUUUAUUAUUGUGCUCAUUGUUGCCAAAAGAGUCAAUUGCAAAAUAAAAAAGCAAAGAAUGGCCAAAGACCUGUUACAAUAAAUGACAAAAACCAUUACUGCAAGAACGUUUGGACUAUUCUAAAUGCUGUUAUGUAUUUCUGGACUGACUGCUCUGUCUCUGUUUCCCUGCAUAUUUCACAUACAUCCAUGUUUUUCAUUGAGUAACCAUUUGGGAAGUCUGAUGACUCCAUGCGUCUUCCCGUACAACAAUUAUCUGGCAUAUCAAGUAAUUUUCAUUACUUUAAUACCCUAUUUUCACGCUUAAAAGUUUGUUGGUUUGGUCAAAAAUUUAUAGAGUCCCCUGCCAUUUACUGCAUAUCAAAUUUACAAUCAUUUUGACCCCUUGGAUACCUUUUACACAGUGUACCCUGUAACAUUACUUGCUCAGUUGAUGUUUCCUGCAAGGUAGACAUGUUUUCAGUGACCCAAAAGGAGAUAGGACAAGUGACCCUCCCUUCUGAUAUUUUACCUCCCCCAUCGCCCCAUUUCUGGGCUGUCCACUAAAUUUGGCUUUAUUAGGGAGCCAUGAAUCACAGCAGAAGAGGGGCUAGCUGAAGGCAGAAGUUCUGAGUAUCAGCCUUUAUUCACUCUACAUUAUUGUUAAUUACUGGCUAAGAUUAUGGCGGCCAUUUGGCAACUAUAACACAGGCUGACCAUGUGUUCUGAUACACACUUCAUACCAUAUUAAGCAACAAGAUUGCAACAAGCCAGCAUAAGAAUGCUACAGACUGUGGGAGAAAACAUGGCCUGAGACCUUGAAUUUAGGCUUCUAACCUCCAAAACUGUGAGACAACAAAUGCUUCUUAAGCCAGCCUAUUGUUUGUUAUUUGUUAUAAAAGCCCUGGUAAUCUAAGACCAGAACCUAAAUCGGUGGUUCUUAACCAGGCCUCUGCAGAAUCACAUUAUAUAUGUUUUUGUUUGUUUUGUUUUGUUUUGUUUUGUUGCAAAACACUGGGACUACAGUGUCUCAAAAGUUCCUUGCAGUAUAUAUCAUCAUCUGUAAAUCCUGUUGUGUUCUGUGACAAAUGUUUUGUCAGGACAGUGAAGGUUUUCUUAAGACACAAAAAUAAGAACUCUAGAAAACAUGGUUGAGUUUUACAUUAGAAUUAAGACUUGUGUUAAAAGUAAUCAAAGUAAGUGAAAGGACAAGCAACAUACUGAAGAUAUUUGCCAAACAUGUAACUAUGGGAGAUUAGUGUUCUGAAUGCAUAAAGAACUACCACAAAUUAGACAGGUAAAUAACCCAGUAGAAAAUGGGUAAAAAAGAGAUGACUGCAUUCCAUAGAAAAGGAACUCCAAAUGAUCAGUAAACAUGAUAAGAUAUCCAAACGAAUAAUUAGGGAAAUGCAUACCCAAAUCAUAGUGAAAUGCCAUUGAACUAUCUGGUUAAGGUUAAAAAUUUUGACAAUAUCAAGUAUUGAAGUAAAGCAAUAGAAACAUGUUUACACUAGUGGCAGAUAGGUGAACUAGUGCAGUCACUUUGGAAGACAAGUGGGCAUAAAUUGAACACAUAAAUUUAUCCUAUGAUCCAGCACUUCCAUUUCUGCAUGUAUACCUUAGAAAAACUUUUGUGUAUAACAUGAAAGAUAAACAAGAAUGUCUGUAACAGCAUGUUUUGUAUUCAUAAAAACAUGAAACAAAAACAUCUGGAAAAAAAUCCAGAUUUCCAUCAACUGGAAUAUUCUAACAAUGGAAUACUAUGGAGCAGAGAAAGUAAAUGAAUUACAAUCUCAUAUGAUAACAUAGAUGACUCUAAAUAACAAGGUUGAGUUAAAAAAUAAAGAGCAAAUUGUGAAAGACUAUGCUCAGUAUGAAUCUAAAUAAAAUUGAAAAACAUGCAAAAUUCAAUAAGAUAAUGUUUAACAAUGUAAACACGGACUAAAUGAAAAGGAAAGUGGUGCAUUUCUAAUGUGAGAAAGGAUAAGGGUUGGGAUAGAGGCAUUACACAGAGGACUUGAUGGUAAUGCACUUUACCUUAAACUGGGUAGCAGGCAUAAGGUUGUUAACUCUUGUAUGUUUUAUAAAUAUUUUGUAUCUGUUCACUUUUAAUAUAAUUCAAGAAAAUCCAUUUUGAGAACAUUUAAAAAACAUUAAGGUAAACAUUCAAAAUAUUACCUAUCACCAUUUUAUUUUGCAUAUUCCUUUUUAAUCUUCAUAUGCAUGCACAUUUUAACAGUUAUAUUAUCUGCCUACAAUCUUUAAUUUUCAUUUUCUUAACUUUACACCAUGAAUAUUAUCACACAUUGCUAUUUCAUAAUUAUUAUUUUCAGUGGCUGCAAAACAAUGCCAACAAAUUGUAAUACUAUAAAUAAUUUAACUUUGGUAAUUCCACAAGUAUUUAUUAAAGGUACAAAAUGUGCAAAGCACACUGUUAGGUAUUGAAGGUAUAAUAGUAAACAAGCUUUUUGCUCUACAGAGCUUGGAGUCUUGUCCUAGAUUCUGUCAUUUUAAUAUGGACUUAAAAUACUACAAAAGGGUAAGAACAGGGUUAUGUGGGAGCUCAUAGCGGAGUCCAGGGGUCAGGAAAGAUUUCCCAGAAUAAGUGUCUUCCAAGCUGAGGCUUGAAUGUGUUUGAGUUAAGUAGGGACAGACUUGGUAGGGAAGGUGGAGAUGUGAGAAAGGGAAGAGAGACUAUUUCAGGCAGAGGGAAUAGUAUAUGUUACUGUCUGGAAAUGAGAACAUAGCAGUUGAUGAACUGAAGUAUAGCUGAUGUGUACUCAUUUAAUUAGCUUUGAGGCUAAUGAAAGCUCAUACAGGAGUUUGUAAGCCAUAGGGAAUUUGGAUUUUAGUUCAAACUUUUCCCGGUUGCUUAGGUUGAAAACUUUGGAGUCAUCCUUGAUUUUUUCUUACACCCUACACCCAACCUCACUAAAUACCAAUGUUUUUUGAAGGUUACUUCAAAACAGAUUCUGUACCAGACUGUUUACCACCUCAGUGCUGCCAGUCUUAUCCAAGCCACCAUCAUCUGUUGCCUGGAAUCCUGCACUGGCCUCUUAACUGGUGCCCCUACUUCCACCUUUGCUUCCAUUGAAUCCCAUCCUCCACAUUUUAAGCAGAGUUAUCAUUUGAAGAUGAAAGUCAUUUUGUGCCACUGCUUUUCUCAAAACUUCCACUUGGCUUCCUACCUGACUCAGAGUAAAAGUCAUCGCCCUUUUGAAGCACUGCAGGGCCUUGUGUAAUCUGAUGCUCCUUGACCUCUCUGACUCCAUGUCUAGACCUGUUCCACUUAUUCUUUCUGCUGCAGCCCGUGACCUCCUUGCUAGUCCUUAGACAUGCAAGGCAUGCUCCUGCCUAAAGGCCUUUGUUCUUGCUGUUCCCUAGGCCUAGAAUUCUUUUCCCUGAGAUAUCCUCACAACUUGGUCCCUCAUUUCCUCUGAAAUGUUACCUGAUUCAUCAGAGAAGAGACAUUCUAACCUCCUAUGUAAAAUUACAACCCUGGCCCCCAGACAUGAAGCUGUUAUCAUCUCAGGAACUGCAAUGGCCAAACGAAUCCAGAAAGAAAUACAGCAAGGUGUGGAAUCAUGGAUUUCUCUUGGGAACAGAAGACCUCACCUUAGUAUAAUUUUAGUGGGAGACAACCCAGCAAGCCAUACAUAUGUCAGAAAUAAGAUAAAAGCUGCCUCUGCUGUAGGUAUCUAUAGUGAGAUCAUUCUAAAGCCUAAGGAUGUUUCUCAGGAAGAACUUUUGGAUAUAACUGAUCAAUUGAACAUGGACCCAAGAGUCAGUGGUAUAUUAGUUCAGUUACCACUGCCAGACCAUGUGGAUGAGCGAACAAUAUGCAAUGGAAUUUCCCCUGAAAAAGAUGUAGAUGGAUUUCAUAUGAUCAAUAUUGGAAGACUGUGCCUUGAUCAGCAUUCUCUCAUACCUGCUACUGCCAGUGCUGUUUGGGAAAUAAUAAAAAGAACAGGAAUUGAAACAUUUGGGAAAAAUGUGGUUGUGGCUGGAAGAUCCAAGAACGUAGGGAUGCCCAUUGCAAUGCUUUUACACACUGAUGGAGAGCAUGAACGGCCAGGAGGUGAUGCAACUGUGACAAUAACUCACAGAUAUACUCCCAAAGAACAAAUGAAGAUCCAUACUCAGCUGGCAGAUGUUAUCAUAGUAGCUGCAGGUAUUCCAAAGUUGAUCACAUCUGAUAUGGUUAAAGAAGGUGUGGCUGUAAUUGAUGUUGGUAUCAACUACAUCCAAGACCCAGUGACAGGAAAGACAAGAUUAGUUGGAGAUGUGGACUUUGAAGCUGUUAAGAAGAAAGCCAGCUUUAUCACUCCAGUUCCAGGAGGUGUGGGACCCAUGACAGUGGCGAUGCUUCUAAAGAACACUCUUCUGGCAGCUAAGAAAAUCAUUUACUAGAGAACACAAAAGAAUAAAGUGAACUGAAGUCAAGCUAUUUAUUUAUUGGACAAAGGGAAAAAACUUUUAUAUUUUAUUACAAAGCUAUUUAUUUCUACAUUGUAUUUAUUUUUUCAUGGAUGGAAUGAUUGUUGAUAAGAUGAGUCACACAAAUUCAUGCAUUUCCUGCUAAAAGAUUUUGAGUUUUAGAAAAAAAAAUCAGUUUCAAUGAAAACUCGGGCAACAAUUAUUUAUUUUAUGAAUUAUAUGUGUUCAUAAUAUUAAAACAAUAAAGGGCUCAUGAUAAAUGAAUAUAUUUUUGACACUCAAAUAUCACAUACCAUAUGUUUUCAACAACUGUUUUUUAAGCCAAAUGGGCACCCAUGGAGAACGUGACUUGUAUCUUGACAGAAGCAUGCCCAAUUUUUAAUAUAUUUUCUGUUCUCUGUCUAUGCUGGAAAAGAACCUCCUUGAUAAAAAAAAGACAAAAUAUUGAAAACGAAAUCUUGAUCUUACGUAUUUCCCAAAGGCAUCCCAGAAAGAUACCCUAAAGGGAAAUGAUGCUGCAUUCAAAGAAAGGAAAAUAUUCAUGGAAAGCAAAAAAUGCAAUGCUAGUUGGAAAGGUAAUAAUUAUGUCAAAUUGAAAAUGACUAUGUUACAUAUUAAAAAUAUAUGAAGCAUGUGUUAGGUUUACUUGUUGUUUCUUUCUUCUUCCAGAAAAAAAAUGACUGUUCAUUUAUUGAGAAUAAUAGGAAAUCCAAAAAUAAACUAAAGUAAACAAAACUGAUUGUCUUUUUCCUACAAAUGUCAGACAAAUGUACUAUGGUGUGAGCCAAACCAUCAUUAAAGUAAAACAACAAUUAUGUUUGUUUGCAAAUUCAGAAAUCCAGUAGGAAAACAUGACACUUGCAAGGUGCCAAAGCUAAACUUUAGGGUAUGUCUCAAUAUCUACUUUUUUUUGCCAACAGUUCUCUUCUUUUGUUAUGGCAUUUGGUUCACAAAGCAGAUGCAAUGUUUCUGAACACAGCUUAAGUUAGGAAAUACAUGUUAAUGCCAAUUGAAAACUAUUUUGAGAUUGUCUAGACACAUAAUUGACAUUCUGUUUUCAUGCCCAAAUCCUGGAAUUAAUAUGUACCAAUAAUGAUUCUUAAUCAAUGCAUCAGUCUUUAUUGGUGUGUACUGUUGAUCAUUUAUGUGCAAAUAGACUAGAUGUUUAUAAUUAAUAACAUUUCAACUAUAUAAUAAAAUCAAUUUGAA